AUGAUCAACAGUAUCAAAAGCAGAGGAAAAAUCAAAAGCAAGAAGAAGAUUGGAGACGUUGAUGUAGUUGACAAAGCACCCGUUCCCACGGCGGCCCGAAUAGGAAGCCAACAAAUUAAUAUGUUGAAUCAACAACAUAUUACGCCAUCGACAACAUCAUCGUCGUCAUCAUCAUUUCACAAUGUCGCCCCUCUGCCCCUAUCAACAACCGCUUCAAUAAUUCUCUACACAACAACAUCUAAUUUGUAUACGACUACAACUACAACUUCGUCGAAAACAACUACUACUUCUGCUACUACUACUACUACUAUUAUUACUGCUACUACAACUAUUACUGCUGCUGCAGCAGCUGCAAAACAGCACGUUGAUAGGUCGUCGAGGUCGAUGAUAAGAAGAGGAUUUGUGGUGAAUGAAAGUAAAACUGAAAAGAUCAUCUGUUUCGACAAACUAUCUAUGUCAAACAACUCAUCGCCAAUCGACGCCGCUGUUUCUAGGUCACUGACCUCACUGCCAAAUACUAUAGCUACUACCACUACAACAGCUUCUGAUACUUCUGCUGCUGCUGCUGCUACUGCUUUUGUUGACGAAACUCCGACGGAAACAAUGACUGAAGCAACAUCGCCACUCUCGCUGGGAAGCUGUAGUAGCAGUAGUACGGGUAGCCUCUUUAGAAACUUUCUCGAUGAUAUCACGCCACCCAGCCAGGAAUGCAAGAAAGCCAUAGUGAAGAAACAUUCCAUCGAGAUGACGACACUCCUACAACAGCAAUCAUCAUCAUCAUCGUCGUCGGCUGCAGCCACAAAUGACGUCAUGUUUGGUAGUAGUGGUUGCGGUGCUGGUAGUAGUAAUGGCGGCGGUCAUGGUAAUAGUAGUGGCAUGAGUGGCAACAACAGUAAUUUGGUGAAUUCCAGAAGGAGGCACCAGUCUUCUGGAAGUGUUGAAGGCAUUUCAACGCGCGAGCCCUGCUGCAACAUAUACAGCAACAACGACAGCAACGACGACGACGACGACGAUGAUGACGUCAUCUACCAGCAAGCAGCAACGCAGCAGCAACGAAAGCAGCGAAAGCAACAGCGACAACAACAACAGCAACGAGAACAGCAGCAGCAACAGCAGCUUCACGAUUAUAGCUGCUUGCUUGAGUUGCAGCAGCAGAAUGCCGUCAUUUCCGGUCACGUGACGCCGCCAUCUUCUUCCGGUUUCAAUUAUGACACUGAGCACGGUGGAAGACAUAAAAGGUGUUCUUACUUGGCUCUCUUCAAUUCACCAAAUCUUGAAUCACUGGAUGGCUGGACAGUUCCAAGUCUCCGCCCACUCGAAACCCUCCACAACGCAUUGACCCUGAAACAAGUGGAAAAAUUCAUAAAAUCGGUCACGGAACUUUCCGAAAAGAGUGAUGACGUCACUGAGGGAGACGGUGGUAGUAAUGGCGGAGGAGGGGGUAGUAGUGGUAGACUAGAGGGUGGUGGCGGCAAUUGGGGCUUGAGGGAGCAGGAGUCGCUGCAGUCGUCGUCAGAGUCGAAGUUGUCGCUCAAGAGUGUUGACGACGCGUCUGCUUUCUGCUUUGAUAGAAGUUAUUACUGCUCGUCGAUGGAAGCUUGCUUCAACCCGCCGACAUACCGCCCCUAUACCCCGACGAAACCCCCAUUGACAGCAGCAACAGCAGUUUCUACAGCAGCUGCUUCAUCGUCAUCUUCGUCGUCGUCACCGAUUAAAUAUAUUCCUGUGGAUGAAUUAAAACUCGAUGCAUCUCUCAAUCAUUAUUGACGAUGAUGAUGAUAAUAAUGUUGAUUGGAGUGAUGAUGAUGAUGGUGACGUUGAUGAUGAAGAUGAUGGUGAAAAGUUGGUGAUUGAGAUAACAAUUGAACAAUGAAUAACAACUCAAUUAAAUAUUCAAUUGACUUUUUUUAUUACUACUAAGCUACUUUAAAACUUCUAAGCGAUUGAUUUUAAUUGAUUUUAUUAUUAUCCCUAUUUUUUUAUUAUUAUGAUGAUGAUUAUUAUUAUUAUUGAUGUUUUUAUUGUUAUUCUCAUUAUUACCUUUCUAUUCUACCCAUUGUUCGAUGUUCACCCGUUUUACACUUGAAAUGUAUAUGUUUGUUUGUUAGUU